CGAAAAAUUAUACGGCUGUGCAAAUAAUGUUACAAUGAUGGAUAAGUUAUGGGUGGUGUUGAUAGUGGCCUUGACCGGCGCACACUUUGGGCAGGGAUUGCCGCUGCGUUCGACGCCGCACAGCUACCCGCACAACACAAACGGGCCAAUCCCGGCAGGAUGGAAGGAGGGCAACCUAUACGCGGCUGUGCCGGCGCUGGCGCUCAUAGUCACGGCCGUAGGGCUCCUGUUCGGGUGCACCUGGUGCUACAGGCACAAGGACUGUAAGCAAAACGAAGGAGCGGAAAACCAGCUGUUCACUGCCAGCGCCACACACCUGCAUGAGCGGCGCUCGCACCCGCCCGACUCCGGCUUCUCAGAACCUGCCAACAAUAACAUCAGCGAGGACAACAACAAUGGCCCUAUAUCGCUGCGGGAGAUGCAGAACAUCGCCAACAACAAUGCUGCAGCAUACAUUGUUAGCGAGAACGAGGAGCGGAAUCGAGUCAGCCGCGAGUCCGUUGUCGAGUUUGAGCCUCUGCCUAUAGGCAUCAGGGUCGCUGAUCCGUUGGAGAGAUGCGUGGAUUGGUUUGGCGACGAGGAUUUCCCGAGGAACCGAUUGCAAUAUCUACGCGAGAUCGGGCGAGGGUGGUUCGGCAGGGUAGUGGAAGGCGAAAUCGAAGAUGAAGGCACAACAACGACAGUAGCAGUCAAAAUACUCAACCAGAACGCGAGUCUAGAAGACAAAGCUCGGUUCCUCGACGAAGCGCGCCUCUACCGUGACGCGAGCCACGAGAACGUGCUCGCUUUCGUGGCCAGCUGUCUUCAGGAAGACCCCUGGAUUCUUAUAUUUGAGCUGUGCUCCACAGAUCUUCAAAACUAUCUGACAGCGAACCGUCCAAAGAUGGCAACACUGAACGAGAGCGGCGUCCCACUGCGUCUCAUGUGUGACGUCACUUCCGCACUCUCCUACCUACACUCUAGGGGAUACACGUAUGGGGAGCUGUGCACGCAAAACGUGCUGAUUCGCGGCUCGGACGAGGCGGCGCGCGCCGUGCUGGGCCAUUAUGGCUUGGACCCGCGGCCGCAGGUCGACAAUAUUCAGCAUGCGUCGCAGGCCGGUGACGUGUCGUCCCUGGGCUACGUGCUGCGCGACAUUUGCUCGUGGGCCGCCGCGCCGCCGCCCGCGCAGCCCGACUGCCCUUACCGGGAACAUCUACACCAAGUGAUGCAGCUAUGCUGGCACGAGAACCCUGACUCGCGGCCCGGCGCCGCGCAGGUGCAGGCGCUGCUGGAGCACCUGCACUCCACGCACCUGCGGUGCAGCGACACGCGCGACGACGGCUACGGCAGCUCUGACUUCGAGGAGCGCUGGCAGCGCCUCAAGCCCAACACCAUCCCCAAGCUCGACGAGCACCGCGCCCUCGUGCACGCGCCCUCCACCUCCGUCACCUCACACUUCACCGGCUCCGAGCGGCUGGCCGUCGUCUGUCUCAGCGUCGACAUGGACACGGCCGUCUCCAGGUCCAGCAGCAUCAUGUCCGAUAAAGAACCCUUAUCCGUGCAGAUCAAGUCCGAGAGUCUCACGAACCUCCACGGCUCGCUCGAGGACGUCCGAAACAUUUAUCUCACGCAUAACGAGCAGGCCGUCCUGGAGUGCCACCAGGCCAACACUAUCGAGGACCGGGACGACGAUCGCUCGGACGCCUCGGUCGACCCGUGGCUCAAGGAGAUCAUCGCGGGCAGCCAGGACGACGUCAGCUAUUACAAAGAUGUCAGCGAUGUUAUAAAGAAUCUCGACAAUAUUCUCAAUUCGGAAAAGACGUCCAGCUCGGAGUCGAGCCACCAGGCGAGCCCGUCGAGGGACAAUUUGAGCUUAGACUGUAAAAAAGAUUACCCGAUGCAAUCUAGUAUGGUUAAAUCGCCUGGCAUUACGAAUUUCCAAAAUAUUUUGGAAGUCGGCUUUGAAGAAAGGUCGCCUGAAAAGAAACAAGAUGAGGAUGAAGAUAGAGAUACGAUAGGCACGCUCAGUCACUCCUUCGAGCGGCAUAGCGAUACCGCCAGUCAACCCACUUUAGAAAAUUUAACUCCUGAUACGCCCUUAAAAGAUAUGGAGCUGCCGUUUGAAAAGACGAAUGCUGAUUUACAAAAUACACUGCAUGUAAUUCAAAUAUCUGAGGAUGUACAAGUUGAAGCAGUAUUGCCAAAAGAAAGUGAAGUAGAUAAUAGUGAUAGUGUAAAAACUGAUUUAUGUAUAACGCCAAUGCAUAGUGUUAAUGAAGAUAAGAAUGUGUAUGUGAGUGAAGACUGCCAAACCCCGAGUGAUAAUAAGUUAACUGAUAUAUUGCAUGAUAAGGAAACAGUGCAAGCUAAGUCAAUAAGUGAAGUUAGCGAUAAUAAACCAGUUUGUAACAACGCGGAGGAAGUAAUUAUUAAGACUGUUCAAAGUUUAGAACAAAAUGUGCCAGUGAAAGUAGAUGAUAAAGAGGUCUUGCCGGUAUUCCCUGAGAUAGUUAAAAAUUAUAAGGCUGCAAAUCUGAUACCAAAUGCCCCACUAGAAGAAAAACACGCGACUGACCUACGACUCGAAACGACUAGCAUAAAUAGUCAAAAAGAAAUAAAUAGUGAUCUCAUUACACCUGCAGAAAGUACAAUCGAUAGUAAAAUAACACCAUUUGAUAUGGUAGUCCUGGAAGAAACCUCGUCUGUAAAAGUAAAAAACUUAGGCAAUGUUAGUCAAAUAGCGUUUAAAUGUCCUCUUAGGUCAGAAGAAAGUCAACAAAGCGAUUCACCUUCUGACCAAAUAGAGGAAGUAAAUGUACCUGAAUCAGUACAAAUUAUAUCGGCCACUCCAAUUAUUGAGAGCAUUUUAACUGGAAGUCAUAAUAAAGGCGAUGUUGAAGUAGACCUUAAUUCAGUUACUGAAACAGGUGUUUCCAAAAACAUAGAGGCAGAACUUGUGAAAUCGGUUGAAAAAGUAGUUGAGGAAACAAAUGCUUCAACUAAUGUUACUACACCUACACUGAUUUUGUCGGAAGCACAAGAAGACACACAAAUGUUAAAAGAUAAACUUCCUGAGAAAUUUAUCGACAAAAUUAUUAAAGAAGCUGAGGCAGCUGCUUUGAAUUGUAUUGAAACAGCACAAGCUAAAUCAUUAGUAACCGAACCUAUGUAUAUUUCUAAAGAUGAACCAGUGGAAAUAUUUCUAACCACUGAAAUAAAAUCCUUGAAUAACUCUACUGCAGACAAAAUUACUAAAGAUACUGGAGCCGGGAAAGACGUAUUACAAAAACAAACAUCCCCAUACGAAAAUUCUCAACAUAAUUUUCUUAAAGAAGAGGUAAGCAUACCUUCAUCUAGUGAUUUAGAUAAUAUUACAAAAGAAAUCUUGCUAGAUGCCAUACAAGAAGUACCUAAAGUUAUGUUAAAAGUAGAAUCGCCCGAUUUUUUUCACGAGAAUAAUUUAAUUGCGACACCCAGUCCUGAUGCUAAUUUCCGGGAAUGUGAAAACAAAACCCCUGAAAUCGAAUCUACCCCGGAUGUUGUACGGGAUGUUACGCACUCCAUAGAUCAACCAAUAGAUGAAAAUACUAAUACGCAAAUUAAAUCACAGUCAGUGGUCCCUCAGAUAUCACUUGAUCUUGAAUCAACAGCAAGUGCAGAUUCUUCACAGAGUACUUUUCUCAUCAAAGACACACUGAAAGAAGAAUCGAAAAUUGUAUCCGAAAGUCCUGUUGACACUGUACUAGACGAGCCAGUACGAGAAAUUAUGGCACCAGAAGUUCAUAUGGAAACUGUGAAAAAUACAUUUCUUGAUUCUGAAAAAGGAGUAACAGGAAGUUUAUACGCUGAAGACACUUUAAAACCGUUAAGUAAGGUACCAGGUCAGAAUGAAACGGAAUUAAUUGUAGUGGUUGCAGAAGAAACAAUUGCAAAAGACAAUAAUAUAGAACGAAAUGCUAUUCCUAAGUCUAAUACUACAGCUGUUGAAAAUGGGCGUGUACCAUUAUAUGAUAGCACAGCCUAUAUGGAUCUGACUGAUAAUGUGAAAGCUGAAAUUGUAGAAGAAAACCCUAUGGAUGAUAAUAUUAAAGAUGUCAUCAACUCUUGCUUAGAGACUCCUGGAAAUGAUAGCUGCUCACUGGUCAAGAAUGAAUCCACAAAGUACUUGGAUCUGCCUACUGUUGUGAAGGAUGUGGAUGAGUUUUUACACGCGGAAAGACAGCUUAGCAGCCAAGUGGACGAGAAGGAUCCUAUAUGUUCAAGUACACCUAAAAGCUCAGUAGAUGAUACACCAAACUCAUCAGAAGAAAAAUCUGACGUAUUAUCAGAAACAAAAGUCCCUGACUAUGGACCCGGAGUAACCCUUACAAAAUUAGAACAACAAUGUGUCCCAGAUUUUCUAAGCCCUUUUGAUUCUCCGACUAAAAGUCACCCAACUGACACCUACGAUGAAAACAGCUCAGUAGUCUUAGGCCCUUUUGAAAACUGCACCAUGGAACUCUUUAAAGGCGUUAAAUCUGGUGGAGAUCUAGGCGACAUUCCGAAAGAAGAGAUGUUCUUCUCUUCAAAUUUCAGUGAAAUGAAUCUCGAAACUCCCUCGCCACUCCGCGAUAGUAACUUUUUGAACGAGGUACCGGAUAUAGUCAACGAUGAUAAUUAUCUGGAUAUAAUCAGUGAUCCCAAGGAUGAAACAGACUCGAAGACCGAAGCUAGCGACGUCACUGAUCAGUCUGUCGCUGAGAAAAAAGCUUCACCGUCGACGCCUCCCAAUUCUCCUGGUUACUUUCUAGCUUCUACAUCUCAGCAGAAAUAUCUAGUAGAUAUAGAUUUGAACCCAGCAACUGAGCCCGCUCCCGUAGAAUCCGAUUCCGGCUUAAGUUCGCUGAAUAAAGAAAUCGAGUUGAACCAAAUAGAGCUUCAAAUCACUUCGAAAUUGGCUAUGGCCGAGAACGAAAAUAAUCUGAAUAUUGAAUACUCUGGGCCGUUGACUGUGGAAGGUUUAGUGCAGAAUGAUCUGGUGAGGGAGGAGGAAUCGGCGCCGGAGACGUUUCUAGCGGGGAAUGGAGGGAACAUUGAUGAUAUACGGGAUAUGUUUACGCUGGAUGAAGACUGCGUCAACGCGUUGAGGAACGAACUGGAACUGAAGCUGCCUCUUGCACAGGUGGCAGCCAUAGAGCCCCCGUGCGAGAGCGAGAGCGAGUCGUGGUCAGAGCUGCCGCCGCCGCCCGAGCUGGUGGUGAGCUACCCGGGCGCGCUCAGCCCCAUCGCCGAGGAGACCGGCCCGCAGCUGUCCGCCUACGAGAGCGACGUGCUGUGGAACGCGUCUCUCCGCACGGAGUCUUCAGAAAGCUAUCCAUCUCCAUGCAACAACUCCACGGAGGAACCGACGGAGCCGCCGACAGGCCAAGACACCUACACGUUGCCCGGCCGGCAAUCCUGCACUCAACCUCAACCCAGCAGCAAGGAGAUAACAAUGAGUGCUGACAGCCUGAACGCCAGCCCGGCGAACCCCGGAGUAGACGACCGAACGUUCACCGUGGAGUGGAGCCCCUGCGAGCGCCUGCCGCGGGCGGCCCCCCGCGGGCCCAGCCCCGGCGCCGACUGCUCCGCCGCCGCCGGCGUCUCCACCGCGUCCCACACCACGCGGCCGACCGACCUCAAACCUUCCGAAACGCUCUCUAAAGCUACCAGCAUCGAUUCCUGGUGUUCCAACGACACGCUAUAUAACGUCGAAGAGGCUUUCGAUGACUUGGCCUCCGAUCAGGACGUCCCUCCAGACUUUGGUGCCGAAAAGGACGACAACAGCGAAAGCGACACCCUCACCCUCGACGACGACAAAGAGCUUAGCCACAUAUCGACCUACAUCGUCCACGACAGCAAGUCGGACGACGACCGCUUCUCGCCCGACUCCAUCACGGCGAAUGAUAAUGUCAACAAUACGUAUACGAAAGCGAAAGCUUCGCCUACCAAGUCGGAAGGCUCGAAAACGAAGGACUUAGCGUAUGAAACUAUGACAGGACCGUACUCUAACUGCUCUACAGAAGUCUUGUCUGCCGAUAACGCUUGGAUGCUACCGCAACCCGAGCUAGUUCGACGCUCGCCCAUAAAUGUCAAUGUCGAUAUCUCCGCUCCGGCACCUAAAAAGUGCGAAGAAGUCGUCGCUAGCCCGAAAUUAAAAAGCGAGCCUUGUAUCAAAAAAAUGGACAGCGUUGAAAUAUCUUGCCUGGAAGACCAUUUACUAAACAACGAGAGUCCGCAACGCGAAGAAACCUAUGACAGCCCUCACUGUCACUACGAUAUGGGGGUCGGUGCAACUAGCACUCCUCUUACGGAGACUCCUUCGGAAGAAAGCAUAGCUUUGAGUUUGGAACCAGAUAUAAGGACGCCAGAAAAUCUACCGAGCAGUAUACCUAACUACCGGUCGUUUAUGCUAUCGGCGUUGAUGCGGCACCAAGAGACAGCUACGCCUAAAUUCCCUUACGAAUCCGAGCUGUCCGACGAAAGCCGAAUUGGAUCGGACGCAACGCCGUCUUUCGUCGAGUUCAUGCACGCGGCUACUUCUAAACCCCAGGAAACGUCACGCUUGCACUCUAGUCAAAAUGGUUCAAGCGACUUCCACCGAUUCGAAAGCUCAUUGGAAAGACGCCCUCAGGACCUUUCCCGCCUGAAAGAAGCUUCUAUAGAAGACGUGACCAGGCCUAGUCAACUGAGAACUCUAGUUUUAAGUCCGCCUAGUAUUACAAAAUUUAAAGAAUCUCACGUAGGUAAGAAUACAGUUAUCAUAACAGACUUAGAAGAGGAUGAGAUGGAGCAGCCUCAUUCGAUUAUUAUCGCUGAAAUUUCCAAAGAGAAGGAUAGUCCUAAUAGGACUUUUGAUUCUCACAUAGUCGAACUGAAUCUUACAUACGAUUCUCACACGAGCAAGAAAAAAAUGGAUGGCGCACUCAAAGAGAGCAACAGUGACAAUUCCAAAGAAAUAACAAUAAAUGGAACAAAUGAUGAAAGUCAUGAUUUGGAUCAAGCUGAAGUCAAAUCACCAGAAUCAAAAACCGAAGAAUCAAAGCAAAAAGAACAAACUAUAAAUAAUGUUGACGCGCUUAAAGACAUCCCAAACGGCUCAGUUUCAAAAGUCAAUAAUGCUUACGAAAUAAAGUGCAAUGGCAAUAGUGAGAAGUUUGCAACAGUCAACUUUAUAAGCGAAUCUUUUGAGGAACUGGUCGAGAGCAAUGUCGACGACGGGGAUUGCAAAGACAUCAAGAACGACGAGGAAAUACUAGAAGAUUCAGAAGAGGAUAAGACUCUCCCUUUAAAAGACAGCCCGGCCAAGCUUGUUUCUGAACAAAUUAAUGGGGUGGAAGAGAAAAUGGUGGCUGUAACAGAAGAUUUUUUACAGAAUGAGAAGAAGUUCUGUCAACUUGACGCUUACCUGCCGCUCCUGAGUGAUAUAAGAUUCACAGGACCAGCUUCUGAGAUCAUGAGUACAUCGUUCACGCAAGACUCACCGACGGAGCCAGCGCCAGAGGGAGACGGCAACAAGCCCGGCGAUGUGAAGGAGUGGGACAGCGACACCGACUCGCACUCUAGCAAUUCGUCGAGUGGCGAAUUUAUUUGGAAGGGCGGCGACGGGCAAGAGACGUCCGUCGUUCCAACCACGCAAUUCGACCAUCGCGGCUCGAACGGGUCCGCGGGUCGAGCGGCGCCGGGCUCGGGCAGCGGCUCGGGCUCGGGCUCGGGCUCCGGCUCAGGCUCGGAGGGCGACGAGGUGGAGUUCGUGCCGUCGUCGUGGGACUGCCGCGCCGAGCCCGCCAAGUCGUCGCUUCGCAGUCUGCCCCUUUCUCAGGACAACAAGAAGCGCGUGGUGUUCAAGCGACAGAAGUACCACUGCGUGUACGAGUACCCGCGCGAGCUGGCCGCCGUCGACGCCGACUCGCCCGCCUACCUGCCCGACCUGUCCACAUACUCGGAAUGGGACCCCGGCAGCGCGGAGGAGGCGGAGCUGGGCUACGGGCAGCUGUUCGGCGCGGGCUCGCCGCUCGACCUGUUCCCGCUGCGCGGGCCCGUCGCCUUCGGAGCAGAUUACGACGAUGACUUCUUCAUAUCGUCCUCGGCCCGUCCGUUCGAGAGCCUCGGCGUGAUGUCCACCACCAGCCAGUUCUUCCCCGGCAUGCGCCUCAAGCCCCUGGAGCUCCCCGCCGCCGACGACUUCCCCCCGCCGCCCUCCCCGCUGGCCCCCCUGCCGCACACACGCGCGCCCUCGCUGGACUUCACCACCCCGGACUCCGGCGUCGAGGACAUCACCCCCGGCUCCACCUCCGCCGACAUCACCCCCGGCUCCACCUCCACCGACAUCACCCCCGGCUCCACCUCCACGGACGAGGACUUUAAAACCAAGAAGCUCUCGGAGGUCACUCAGUGGCGCAGCAUAGACAGCGGCAGCUCCAGCGAGUCCGUCAGCCCCAGCUCCCCCGGCGGCGAGGCCCUGGGCGGCCUGCGGCACACGCGCGACAAGCUCAAGCUGGACCUGCCGCCCAGCCCGCACAUACCCUCGCCCAGGCACAGCAGGGUCUUCAACUUUGUGCUCGAGAAACCGAAGAGGCGCGCGGCGGACGACCGGUCACAAGUCGGCACGACCCCGCUCGUCAUGACCGACGACACCCCCGUCGUGACCGGCUCCCUGCCCGUGUCCGACUGCGAGGACGUGCCCGUCCCGGAGCCGACCUUCUCCACCUUCGGCAAGACCGUCCCGCGGGCCGAUCCGGAGCAGAAGAUUAUACUGACCGACGAUGGAGAAAAGGCGGCCAGUCCUGUGAAGGAACCCGUCCGCGGGGAGGGCACGGUGCUGGACAGCGGGGACGAGGACUCGGGCAUCGAGAGCAGCGCUAAAGCCACGCUGGAGCGCAAAACUCCCAACGUUUCUUAGGUAUAAUAGCGUAGCGGUGGCGUGGUGUCGAAAUUGUUCGUAGAUCGUGACGAACUCUCACUCACUUUCUUUAAGACCUGCGCAGGUGGCUCACGAGCAUAACGACUCAGUAAGAAACUAAGCGGGGCCGAAUAGCACUCUGCCUCGCUCUAACAUAUCCGGCCAAUUGUUUUGUAUCCUCUAGUAUACGAUUGCAGAGACUCCCCGUUUUGAACGAUUAUGAACUUGUAAAAUAAAAAAACCUAAAAUUAUUUUAAAACACCCUAGCGAGAAUCGGAUUCCAUACAUUUAUUACGCCGCGCCACUGGCGUAGAUUGUUAUAGCUCCGAGACCUAUGGUCCGAUCGUUACUCUAGCUGUUAGUAUUACCGAGACUAGGUUACCUCAAAGCCUACGACGGUAAUUCGUAGAAAAACAUUGCCCUCUUGUCAUUGUCAACUCAAAUAUGAUGAAGCAACAUUUAACUGACCAUUAGGAGAGUCCAACUCAUUUUUAUGUUUCAGACAGUUGGUCACUUAUUAGUAUUUUAUAAUACAUAAAAUAUCUCUCCCCCGUUUGUAUUAAAGUAUCUAUUGUACGGGCAAGCGACCAUCACGUCCGCAAGUUUUCAGUUUCUUUGAAAACAUAUUGAAGAAAGAGUUAUUAUAUGCCAUUUACACUACCGUUUAGUCGAAAUAGCAUGUUAUUAUUUUCUGUAUCACAUCAUUAAAUAAUGUGUGAUAGAAAAGUUCAUUCAUAGUUUUACUUGACAUUCGCCGAAACAAUGAACUUAGUAUGUCAAUAUCUGAUAGAUAAUUACCACUGCAUAGAAUAUAACGAUAUCUGUAAUUUAGCCAAUCUAAAGCUACGUCCACUCUAGCAUUUCGUAUGAAUGCUAAAUACCAACAAUAUUUUAGGGAAACUACAGAUGUAAGGUACAAAUAACCGGCAGUAUCUAAUAUAAGUGCUUUGAUACGUUUACAGUCCCGUGAGGAAGCAGCCUAAUUUUAAUACAGUAGUACGAUGGCCUAUCCAUUUUUGUAAAGUUUUAGCCCAUUCUUAUACUUGCUAGAUUUUUCAUACGUAAAGUGUUACUCUUAUUUUAACAUAGUGUAGAGUUGCGUUUGGCACGUACCUAAAGAGAACGCUAUGAUUAAAGAUUAUCAGCAACUAUUUGUACACCAACGAAAUUUCAGAAUAGUACAUUACGAUACAAGUGCGAAAAAUAGGAAAUUCGAAACGAGUGGCGAUAAAUUAAAACACGACCGAAGGGAGUGUUUUAAAUCGACACGAGUUGCGAAUUACCUAUUCGCACAUGUAUCGUACAACGUUUUACAGUAUAUAUGGCCCUUUAAAUGUUUGAUACAGUAACGUAAUAUGCUAAUUUUCGCACUAGUGCGGUAAAGUAACACCAUAUGUACUGUAAAUAUCUGUAUAUAAAUCUCAUGACAAUAUAAUGGUGUCAUAGAAGAUCCUUUGUUUGUGUAGAUAAUGUGUUGCUGACUUUACUAUUAGGCGCGAGAGUCGAAGGUUUCAGAUGCUGUAAAAUAUAGGUAUGUUUAAAAUCGUUCUUCUAAUAACCAAAUAAUAAAGUUGGGAGAAAACUACCUAUAUUUUACUCCAUGUCUGUCCACUUAUUAAACAAAGUCGCAGCUUGGAGGCAGAAUCUCAUUAGAAUCUAGAGCGGAGACCCAAACGCGACUUAAGUUAUUCAAUGUCUAAAUUAUUUCAUUUACGGUGAUUUCACAUACGCACAAGUGAAUUCGCAUCUUCCAUCUAUCGAACCUCGACAUUAUGAAAACUAAAUUUAAUAUCGGUAUAAAAUUGAGGUUACAAAGCCAAUUCUUAGUUAAGUGAAAAUUUAUAUUAGAUAAGGUAGGAGUAGAUGUAAAGAGUUGUGGUGAUUAUUGCGUAUUCGGCGCCGGCGGACUGGCCGUAUGUAUCUAGUGUACUAAUAAAACAUGUUACUGAUCCAGUCAUUGGCACCUUCGUAUGUUUACGUACCGCCCAUGGUUUUCUUAAGGUUAAAAAUGUAUGGCCAACUUUGACACCUAUUUGCGAGAGGUUAAAUAAGUGUGUUUUAGUUAGUGCAAGCAGCAACAAAAGUAGCUUAGUUAUGCAGUGUUAAAAUGGUCUCUAUUGUUAAAGCAAUAAGGUAUUUGGCGCAUGGUAUACGUAGCUACCGCUUGCUGUACUGCACGCGCUGCGCACUCGCCUCGCCCGCGCCGGUCCCACGACACAGUAUAAUAUGCAAUACGUCCAAGUGUGAACCUAAUGUGCAAUUCUUCUCAUUUCCAUAUCAUGGUGUUUUAGUUAUUUAGUUACUCAAUGUAAAUAUAAUUUAAUGAUCCAAGGAAAAAUUUUAAUAUGAAAUUUUAUUGCUUAUAUGUAUUGUACUACACGUUUAUUGUUCUGAACAUUAUUUUUACAGUUUUAGAAUGUUUUCGUUAAUGUACAGUUGUAAAUACGGUAGGAGUCCAUUUUGUUAUGAUGUAGUGGAGGUUUCGCGUCAAAGUAAUUCGUUCUGAACGCUUCAAUCGAAAUCUCUAGACGAUUCCAUUAUACUACGUCGUUAAAGAACAAGGAAUUAUUUGAUUGAAUGAAUUGUCCAAUAAUUAUGGUAUUUAUUGUUUGUAAGUUGUUAUUGAUUUGUAUGAACUGUCCGCAGUAUUUCGUGAAUGUGAACGUUGAAGGUUUUCCUAUUGUGACUUUGUCUUGUCUUUUAAAAGUAUUUCUAUGGAGAAAAAAAUAAUGAAUAAAACUCGUAACUCAAUAUAA